AACCGUCCAUUCGCAAUGAGUCAACAGGCCCUCUUAUAUUCCUGCAGGAUUCACCCAGAGGCCCAAAGGAUUCUGGGAAGUUCCAGCAUACCUGUGGUGAUCUUGGAGCGUCUGAACCUCCAGUCUGUGACCUUAGCAUGUCUGCAGCCUGUGGUGUCUCUGGUGCGACUGCCAUGCCGAACACAAGCCGGGAUCGAGGACGAGGUCUCGGUCCUAGCUCGUCCUGAGCAGAAUGGAUUCAGUGAAAAUGAAGAAGAUACCGAAGUGUCUCCUCAGCCAGAUCCAGACUCAACUCCGACUCCCUGGACUGAGCCGUACUGUCCUGACAGCCCCCCCUCUGAGGAACCAGAGCAGGACUCAGGCUUUGACUGUGAAUCUAAUCCAGACCAGCCUUACAUCCUGUGUGACUCUGGAUCUGAAGAGUGGGACCCGGAUGUUAAAACAGAUUCAGAGAUGUUUUAUUUGGAUCCAGACCCAGAUCAGACCUUGGUGAUAGAGCUAGAUCCAGAUCCAGAGCCAGGGCCAGGGCCAGAGCCAGAGCCAGAGCCAGAGCCAGAGCCAGAGCCAGAGCAGGAUCAGACCCUGCAGGAUCUGGAGGAUGAAUCUGAAGCACAGUGUGAAGUCGUUCAAAUGGAGGUCAGUGACGAUCACAGACCUGAUCUUUGCUGCACACAGGAGGAAGCAGACUCAUCCAUGCAGCAGCCUGGACCUGGAUCAGGACCUGAGGAGAUGGAGAGUGAGGAUUUCUGUGCUGUGUGUCUGAACGGAGGAGAUCUGCUCUGCUGUGACCGCUGUCCUAAAGUUUACCACCUGGGCUGUCACAUACCUGCGCUGAUCAGCUUCCCUCUAGGGGACUGGGUGUGCGUACUCUGCAGAACAGAGCAGGAGGCUGUGGAGACCUACGACUGUGAGGACACGCACUACAGAGCUCCAUACACCCUGUCUAACGAGGACCAGAGGAGGUGUGAGAAGCUGACUCUGCUGCUCUUCUGUCACACACUCAGCGCUCCGUUCCACGAACCCGUCAGCCCUCAGGCCAGAAACUACUACCAGAUCAUAAAGAGGCCCAUCGACCUGUCGGUGAUCCGCAGGAAACUGGACAAGAGCAACACCCUGCACUACUUCGCCGCCGAGCAGUUUGUGGAUGACGUGCUGCUGAUGUUGAAGAACUGCGCUACGUUCAACUACCCGGACUCAGAGGUGGCUCAGGCCGGUCGAAACCUGGAGCUGUUUUUCUUGAGCAAACUGAAGGAGGUUUUCCCCGACCGGAUGUUCCUGUCGGCCUGCCAGGACAAAACGGACAGAGCUCGCUUACAGUGGCUCAGCAGGAAGAGGAGGGAGAGCAACAGGAAGAAGAGAAACACAUUCAGUGUGAAGAAAUAUUUACUGUGACUACUUUCUACCUGCAGGGUUGUUUUUGUCUUGUGAUGAACCUAAACCAAAAUCUGUAACCUGUACAAUACACUGACUGUAUAUAAAGAUGGACGGCACAUC